GUGAGAUUCCAGGCACCACGUGACCGGUCCCACCCAUACCAUUUGGGAAUUUUUCGAGUCCUCCCAACUGGCCAUGCAGUCGUUCGGACGCGUUUUCAGGCGGCUGUACUCAACGAAGCUGCCCCAACCGCCCACUCAGCGGGCUGCAACUGCGCUACCCAAGCAUGCAGCGGAAGCACGGGAGGCAUCGACUCCAAUGGCCGUUCUCGAGCGUCGCGCACGCAAACAACCCGACCUCUUACCCCCACCCGGCAGUGACCUCACUCCGUCAGAGUACUCCAGCUACAGACGGCAACUUGCCAAGGGGGAGCUCAUGACCGAGCAGGGGAGGGACCUUACCGAAGCCGAAUGGCUGGAUGCACUGAACAAGAAGCGGUCGCGUCUUCGCGGUGUUAAAGUCGUCGCCAAGGGCAACCAAAAACAGGUGGAGGUCGUCGGUCAAAAGAUUUACCUCCCAAAUGUUAUAUUCCGUAUGGUCAGGAAUCACACGCCGAAAGGAAAACCUUAUAAUCCGUACGAAGCAACGUUCCGCAUCCCCCAGUCCAUCACCAAAACCGACAUUCGCUCGUACCUCUCUGCGGUAUACGGCGUAGAGACUACGUACAUACGUACAGCCAACUACAUUUCCCCUCUGCGGCGUACCCGCAUGGGCCUGCGGCCUGUCGGAAGGUAUCGAACAUACAAACGAGCCGUCGUCGGUCUCGUCGAUCCAUUUUAUUACCCGCUGGAUUUGGAGGACAUGGACAGAGCUGCAAGGAAGGAACGUGAGGCGUGGUUGGAGGAGAAGUUCGCUCUCAAGGCUCUCGUUCGUUGGCGAAGAUACGAGCUUGUCCGUUCGACCCAGUCGGGGAGCAAAGGUUGGCGCUUUACCGGUCAUCUGCGGAGGGACAAGAUAUUGCAGGCUGUUGCCAGACGGAGGAUGAUUACGAGAAUGGAGAUUGAAGGGAUAAAGGCUGAGAUCGCGGAGAAACGUGCAGCGGGGAAGCAGAUCUUGUCGGAGAAGGUCAAAUCGUAGGCCCCUAACCACGAGUGAUAUAAUCUAUACACACCCAAUCAUCGCAACAACACAUAUAGGCAUAAGUUCAUAAUGGUCAUAGAGGUGUUCGUUCGCUCUAAUGG